AUGGUGAACAACGAACCCAAAUGCCAGCCCCCAGAUAACGAUUCAUGUUCAGACAGCGACUCGGACAACGGAGGUCAUGAAAAUGGUGAUGUCAGUCUUGAAGAUCAAUUCAAAGAUAUCAUUCAUCAAAUACAAUCGGUCAAGAAGGGCAAAGGAGAAGGAGUAGCUCAAGGGAUAUUCAAGAACUACUUUUCGGUCUUGGGCAGAGCACUGGAGGAUAAGACGAAUUUUCUGCACAAAAUUGCCAAAUAUGCCAGGAGAGAGCAGAUGGAUGUAUGGCUUGAGCUCAUGAGGAAGAUAAUAGCGACCCACGGCCACCUCAUGAAGAAGGACGACUACGGUGGGAAGACGCCAAUGCAGCUGGCAUUGGAGAACGGGAGGUCGAAGCUUAUCCAAGGCAUGCUCACUGCAGUCUCCACGGAUGACAUUGACGACGUCCUGCUGAAGACGACUAAAGACGGGAACAACUGCCUGCACACCAUUCUCGGCACCCACAGCAUCUCUUCCGCCCUUGCUCUGGAGUUCAUCGAGAAGAUGAAAGACCCUGCGAAGGUGCUCUGCACGCUGAACCGCGAUGAUCUCUCGCCCCUUCACAUUGCCACCGAGUACAACCGGUGCACCGAGUCCCAGUACAAAGUUGUCGAGGCGAUUAUCAACCGCUGCGACUCGGCCCUUGAUGUCAACGUAUCGCUUGACGACCCCAAAAAACUAUCCGUUUACCGCUACCAUGAGAAGACUCGCAUGGAGGCUCUGAAGAAGCCGAAAGCCACCAAGGAGCAAGGGUCAGAGAUGCCAGGCAGCGGCGCCCGCGACAAAUCGUACAAGUCACAGGGCACUGGCCCCGGUGAUAUCUCCACUCCAAACAUGCGGAUGCCGCAGCAGAAGGCUCCGGUAACGAGUCCCGAGAUGCCGCAGCAGCACACUUCGAACUCCGGGACCACCCCACGUGAACGGCUACAAAGGGUCCGCACCGAGGCGCCGCUGGGACACGAAAACGGCAAGACUCGUCAGUACUCAGUCGUCAGCGGCGGUAUGAAACCCAGCAAAGGCAGCGCCAUGACACAACCGGAGAAAAACAAGUCCAGUAGCAAAGAGAAAGGGGGCGACAAGGAGAAGGGGCCCGUCACCGAGAAUUCCGCCAAAGCCAUCCGCAACCUGCUCAAGAUCCGCUUCAUGUGCGGCCGGACGGACCCCGAGAAGAUCCUCGCCUUUUUGUACAAGCCGGAUGAAGUGAAGGAAAUCUACUUCAGCCUUCCCGGCGGCCCUGGCGCUUCCAUCACCAAGGACGUGCUCGACAGAAUGAAAUACCUCGACUUCGAAGACACGCUUCAGUACGUGCACAUACCCAUGUUGCAGGUCGAGAAGACCGGGCCCGCCGCGUCCCGUCGCAAUGCCACGAGUAGUAGGGGCCGGAACGACUAUGUUGACAUAUUCAAGUGGCUAAAAGAGGAGAAGAAAGUAGAGCGCAUCGUCAACCUGCAAGUCGAGGACGUUUCGGAGAUAAGGGUGCAUGGUGAGCAGGCAGAAUUGCUGUCCCACAGCGAUGAGAGCAUUGAAAAGGCGCUCAAAGGCAUCGAGGUGCUCAAGACGUGGGACUGGAAGAAGUUUGACCUGAGCUCGGAGACAAUCCGGACAGUGGCAGGAAGGGCCAGCUCUGUGGUCUUGUACUGGGGAGGGAAUGAUGCCAUCCUGCGCAGCUGGAGUGAACGAGAGGGGCUCGUGACGCUUGAGAGGCUGAGAACUGUGACCGUUUACGGUGAAAGGGGUCUGGAGACCGACGCAAAGGCCCAGAAAGACAUGCAAAACUUCAAAAGACGAUUGCUCUCGAGCCAGAGGAUUUUGAAUGAGGAAGGGAAAGAUAUCAGAGACGAGAGGACUGAGGACAUCAAAGUGGAAUGUAGCCUUGAUCCACGACUACGGAAGAGUACGGCCAGCCGGCAGCCACGGAAGAUGGCUCCCGAACAGCCUAAGGAGCAACACGAGUGGCUGAUCACAAUGGAUAAGUUUGCCACAUUCAUACAGGGUCUUAAAUUAGACCUGAAUCCAGAACUGGAGGAAAGGCCGAUCCGAGUGGCGGUUAUUGACGACGGUAUCGACAUCACCGAGAAGUCACUGCAGGGCAAGGUUAUUGGAGGACGAAGCUUCUGUCAGCGAGUGGAAAACGAGCAGAUGCCUUACUACGUCACCGAAGGCUGGCACGGGACUGUUAUGGCGAGCCUGAUAUGUAGGGUCUGCCCCAAAGCGCAGUUGUAUAUUGUCAGGCUUGACGAGUACCUGGGCGAAGACGGUAGGCGGCACAUCACGGCUGAGAGUGCGGCUAAGGCAGUACGCGCGGCGGUCCACCAAGACGUAGACAUUAUCUCCAUGUCUUGGACCAUCGAAGAGACGGUCUCGAAUGUGGGGAGCCUCAAGCAGCUGCGGGAGGCAAUCAACGAAGCGGUCGAAGCGAACAUCCUACUCUUCUGCUCCGCCAAUGAUCAGAUCUCCAACGACAACAGCUUUCCCGGCCUGUGCACCGAGAAGCGCUUCAAGAUCGGCGCCGCCACGCAGUAUCGAAAGCCGACAGACAGUACGGGCGAAAUACCGGUCAACUUCAUCAUGCCGGGGCAGAACGUGCUCCGCGAGCGCCCGGAACAGGUUCCGCUAGACAGCUGCAACCUGCUGACCGGCUCGAGCGUUGCCACGGCGUUGGCGUCCGGCCUCGCCGCGCUCAUCCUGCACUGCGUCCAGUUUGCCGCCCUCCGCACUGAGUUGACCAAACCGCUCAACACAGAUGGGUCCGUCACGAUGGAUGACUUCAAGAAGCUGAAGUCGCACGAUGAAAUGCAAAAGGCUUUCGGUAGGAUACCUAAAGACAUCGCCAGCAGGGGUAAAUUCCUCCUCGUGGGCCAGUUGUUCAAUAUCGACAGGGUUGUUGACAAGACCGAAAAGGAAAAGCAAAAAUUCGUCCAAGAAAUUGCUUGGAUGCUUGUUCACUCACCGCUCUCUAGUAUCUAA